CUGUCACUAUGAUUGGGCAACCACGAUGUAUACAAGCCCUCGAUGGUGCCACAUGGGCAGUGGAUGCUGUUGAGAAUCUGAUAGGAGCACAAACUAUAAUAUUGCACACUCCACACAGUAUAGUGACACUGUUGAACAACACGAACAUCAAAACCAUAACUGAUGCAAGAAGAGCAAAAUGGGAAGCAACUUUGUUGAACAAGGAUUUAAGAGUGGAAAUCAUCAGGGACACGUCUCUUAACCCUGCAACAAUGAUGCUGGAACCACAUGAGGGAAUACCACAUGAGUGUGAAAAACAAGUAGAAGAAGAUAGUCUUGGUCCAGUUAAUCCAAUCCCUCUUGAAAACCCAGACAAAGAGUUAUGGGUUGAUGGAUCCAGUUAUUAUGUUGAUGGAAAACGACAUACUGGAUGGGCUGUAGUGAAAGGAGAUGGAACUGUUGUAAAGAAAGGAGCCCUUUCUGGGAAAUUUUCAGCGCAAGUAGCUGAACUUAUAGCACUUACAGAAGCCUUUGAACUAUCAGAAGGAGAUCGAGUCAACAUCUAUACAGAUAGUCGUUAUGCUUUUGGCGUGGUCCAUGACUACCUGGCUCUGUGGAAAAGACGUGGACUUAUCACUAGCAGUGGGAGCGAAAUACAACAUGCUUCCAUAAUUCGUCGUUUGAUUACAGCAUGUUACUUACCCCGAGAAGCAGCCGUGAUCAAAGUAAAAUCACAUCAAUCUGACAAGUCCAAAGAAAGUCAAGGAAACACGGCAGCGGAUGCAGUAGCUAGAGAAGCAGCUCUACUUCCUCUUACUCCUGUUACCUUGGUAAAGGAAAACAGCAAGGAUAAUCCUGAGCUCCAUCUUCUGUCAUAUCAACUGGAGACAGAUGAAGAGAAAGAACAAUGGAUAAAAGCGGGAGCGAAAGAGGAUGAUCAAGGUAUCUGGAGAAUUCCAACAGGACAAGUGGUGAUGCCUAUCGGAACAAGAAGAGAACUAAUGCAGCUGUAUCAUGGAAAGGUACAUGCUGGAGCAAAAGCAAUGAAAUCUCAAAUCAGUGAGACUUGGUGGUGGCCAAGAAUGAUGAGAGACAUUGAUGAUUACUGUAGGAGAUGCUUGAUAUGCCUCAAAGCAAAUGUGGGAAAAUCUGUAAAGGUGCGAAUGUCACAUGCACCCAGACCAACAGGUCCAUGGACACACCUCCAAAUUGAUUUCACAGGACCUUUAUCACCCAGUGGAGGGUAUCAAUACAUAAAAGCUACUAAAGACAAUAAUAAGAAAGUGCGAGAAGCUCAACAGCAAUGGGAUGAAAAACACACCACUACUGACAUUCCACACAUUCCCGAGUUAGGCAGUUUUGUUAUGAUCAAACGAAUUGCUAGGAAAGGUUUAGAGCCUAGAUGGGAAGGACCAUAUGAGAUACUCCUAACUACUGAUACAAGUGUUUGUCUCAAAGGGAAGGGUGUAGGAACAGAUAGAUGGUAUCAUUGGUCACAAGUUAAACCUUGCUUAGUGAAUGAACAAGAUGAUAAUGAUGGCUUAUGGCCUGAGAUUGAGCAAUGUUCAUCCAUUAGUUUUAAAGAUUGGGAACAAAGAAGUGAUGUUAAUUAUUUCUCUGCUUCCAUUUCAGGAAUCAAUUCCAUUGACAUUGAUUAGAAAUGGUUGCAAGUUAUUCUCGAUACCCAACGACGAUGGUAUGCUUAUUUUUAAUUUUACUUGGCAUUUAUCAAGAAAGCCAAGCCUUAUGGACUCCUCGAGUUCAAGAAAUCACUCGGAAUGCAACUCUGAAAUCUGGCCAACAUUUUACUCUACCCUUUAUUUCCAAAUGGGGAUUAUGGGAUUGGGUGCCACACAAUGAUAAAGACCUUGCUAAAUAUCGCAAGGACGUCUUUGGAGGAUGUAACUUUUACCACCAAUGUUACAAAAGCAGAGUAAUUUGGCCGGUAAAAGACGGGGGGUAUACUGGUAGUGCUCAAAGACGAGAAAUUUGUUCCAAAGAACAAUGUGAAGUUAUAGGGUUAAACCUCAUAACGUCUACUAAUGUGGAAAUUAAUUUAGUUCUGAAUCGUACCCACAUGCUUACAAUAUGGGAUUCAUUGACCCAAGGGUGUAUUUAUCCCAUAGUGUUGCCAUGUGAAGGGUUUCUGAGGGAUGCUUCCUCAAGAACAACAAGAUUCAAGGGAAAUUAUGUACGAGUAUGGCAUUCAGAAGAUGAGAAUGAAUAUUGUGAGACUGAACUAGAAACUGGGGAAAUCGGAAGGUGUUUUUAUCUUUCUGCGGUAAAGUCAAACAAAGCUCAAACAUGCCCAAAUACAACUAUUGCACCAGCUCAUGGUAUUUUGUUGGCAAAAGAAACCAAAACCUUAAUAAAUGAAGCCCAUAUGGUGCGACAACGAAUUAAUUAUAACUUGAACUCUCUUCUUACAGUUUUUGAUCAGUCUUAUUGUGGUAAUUUUACACAAAUAAGAAGUUGGUUGGACAAAGAAGUUAAAUAUUAUACCUCUAAAAAUCGUCUGAGUAGUAAAAAUCGUAAAACUCGAAGUAUAUGGGGAGACAUAGCGGGGGUAUUUGGUUCUGUCAAUUCAAUUAGUAAUACUGCUCAAAUGAAUCAACUAAGCGAGUAUACUCAGUGGGUGGGGAC